AUGCGCCAUCUCCCGGCCGGGCCGCGCCGCCCUCGGGCCGCGGGUUCGAGUCCCGGCCCGGCCCCGCUGCCGCUGCCGGUACCGGAACCGGGGCCGGGCCGGUUCCGGGGGCUCCUCCCGCGGCCCCCGCGCGCGGCGCGGCCGCUGCUGCCGCUGCUGCUGCUGGCGGCGCUGGCGGCCGCCGCCCUCAUCCUCGUGUCCUGGCCCGGCGGGGAGAGCGCGCCGGACCCCCCGAAAUCCCCCCGGGACCCCUCGGACCGCGCCCUCCGGACCCUCCUGGCCCAGCUGGACCCCGCCCGGCUCUGGGGGUCCCUCCUGAGGCCCCUCCUGCACGAGAGGGUCCCGGGGGGGCCCGGCAGCCGCCACGCGCGACAGCACAUCCUGUCUCACCUGCGCUCCCUCCGCGCCCGCUGGCACCUGGAGCUGGACACCUUUGUGGCGGCCACGCCCCGCGGGCAGGUGACCUUCAGCAGCGUGGUGGCCACGGCGGCUCCGGCGGCCGCGCGGCGCCUGGCCCUGGCCUGUCACUACGACACCAAGGUGCUCUCACCUGGGCCGGGCUCACCUGGGCAUGGCUCACCUGGGCAGGGCGCACCUGGGCUGGGCGCACCUGGGCCGGGCUCACCUGGGCAGGGCUCACCUGAGCCCUUCGUGGGCGCCACCGACGCCGCCGUGCCCUGCGCGCUCCUGCUGGAGCUGGCGUCGGCCCUGGACGGGCACCUGAGCAGCAGGGAGGGACAGGACCCGCCCGUGACGCUGCAGUUGCUGUUCCUGGACGGGGAGGAGGCGUUCGGCACCUGGAGCGAGAGCGACUCCCUGUACGGGGCGCGGCACCUGGCGGGGACAAUGGCGGCCAGGGGUCACCCCGCGGGGUCAGAGGUCACCGCCAUGAGCCUGCUGGUGCUGCUGGACCUGCUGGGCGCCCCCAGCCCCGCCAUCCACAGCCACUUCCCCCAGAGCCACCGCUGGUUCCUGCGCCUGCACGGCAUCGAGCAGCGUUUGCGCCGCCUGGGGCUCCUGCAGUCGCCGCCGCCGCCGUUUUUCCGCCUGGCGCCGGCCCCGGGCCCCGUCGAGGACGACCACGUUCCCUUCCUGCGGCGAGGUGUGCCGGUGCUCCACGUGAUCCCGACGCCGUUCCCGCGGGUCUGGCACACCCUUGGGGACACCGAGGACAAUCUGCACCCCCCGACCGUGCACGACCUGGCCAAGGUCCUGCUGCUCUUCGUGGCCGAGUUCCUGCAGCUCUGACCCCGAAAAAACCCCAAAAACGCGAAAAAGAACCGCCCGAAAAUGUAAAAUUUAAAAAAAAAUACAAAAAACCCAAAAAAAACGAAAAAAAACCCCCAAAAAAACCCCCAAAAACCCCCAGACCUGGCCAAGGUCCUGCUGCUCUUCGUGGCCGAGUUCCUGCAGCUCUGACCCCGAAAAAACCCCGAAAACGCGAAAAAAAAACAACCCCAAAAUGCAAAAUUUCAAAAAAAUACAAAAAACCCCAUAAAACCGAAAAAAAAACCACAAAAAAAACCACAAAAAAAACCCCGGACCUGGCCAAGGUCCUGCUGCUCUUCGUGGCCGAGUUCCUGCAGCUCUGACCCCCAAAAAUCCCCAAAAACGCGAAAA